CACCCCCAAAGUUUCUACGACAAUCCUAACAAAUGCUUUUCCAACAAGAAAAGUAACUUAAAAUGUUGAACCGAGAAGGAAAAAAAAAGCUCUAGAGAAAUCUUUAAACUGGUAGCACAUUCCCUGCUCUCUUUUGGUCUUGACUCCUAAAACGUAUCACAUUUUCAUAUCCAAUUCUAGUGCUUCUUUCUGGAGUUGUAGCAUCCAAAGUGGAGCUUUCUUAUUUAUUGGCCUGAUGAACUUAAUCUGUUUCUAACUAAUUGAACUGAUUUCAUUACCCAGAAGACAGGGAAAUGAAGAUAUAGGUACAUAACACUGUCUUACCCAAAGUCUUUUUCAGCUUAGGGUUAGUUUUAUAGUCAUAAAUCAAUAGUAUUGUCUUAUUUUUGUACAUUUUUCUAAGAGUGUUCAUAAACUUCAAUAAAAAUACUUUGAAAGUAUCAUGUACAAAUGUAAGGCACUUAAGGCAAAUCUCAUAUAAGUAGAAUACCAUUUAAACUAGAUCUUGAGGUGGGGCAGCUAGGUGGCUCAGUUGAUUGAGAGCCAGGCCUAUAGAAGGGAGGUCUUAGGUUUAAAUCUGGCUUUGGACAUUUCCUAGCUGUGUGACCAUGGGGGAAGUCAUUUCACCCUCCUUGCCUAGCCCUUAAACUCUUCUGCCUUGGAACCAAUAUAGAGUAUUGAUACUUAGAAGGCAAGGGUUGUUUUUUGUUUGUUUGUUUUUUUAAUAAUAAUAAACUAGAUCAUUAAAUAGCUGUUUACUAAGAAAAGGAAUAACUAGAAUCUUGCUGCAUCUUAAUAAAUAAUUCUAGGAAUAACACCAGGAGAAAAGAGGAAUGAUUUACAUAUGGAACCUUCAUACUACUGAAGUAUAAGAUAAACACUAUCUUAACUAUAUUUACCUAAUUUAAACUACCUGUAUUUGAUAACCAGUACUGACAAGUGAAAGAAGGAAACAUCUUGGUGAGAAAAGAACAGUAAGAACAAGAGGGAUCUGUGUAUGCAGUAACAUCUUUUGAAAGAGAUCUUUUUGAAUGUGCAGAUAGGAAUAGAUAAAAUUGGGUACCCGUAAAGUAGGUUGGCAGUGAGAGUAUAAGUACCAGAGUUGCUCUAUGAAUUGUAGUAUUGAUUUUUGCAUUUUAGGCAGUCUAAGAAUGCAAGUAUAUUUUAUAAUUUCUUUUAAAAUCAAGAUAACAGAGCUUGACAAUUUCAUUUGGGCAAAAGAAAUAUUAAUAAGAAAAUUAGAGAAAAUCUGAUAACAUCAGAAAUGGCACUGUAUGAGCAAUGCCCUUCCACUACAGAGAAUUUAUUGUGUGACCAUGGACAAAUUAGUUAACCUCAGAGCCUCAAUUUUCUCUUCUGAAAUAUUCUACUUGUCUAACAGUGAGGAAAGUACUUUGUAAACCUCAAAACACUCUAUAAAUGUGAGUUAUUACUGUGGAGGAGCAGCAUGGAUAGAAAACCAGCUGGGAAACUGGGAAAACCUGGUAUUUAGUUCUACCUCUGACACAUCAGGUUGUGUGACCCUGGGCAAUACAUUUAACUUUCUCAAUUCCCUAAGCCACUAGUAGGUUGCAGGGAAGGGGAUGACUUGCAUUAGUAGGAGGAGUCUGCUCACCCAGAAAUUCUCUAUGCUUGGAAUUAUCAGUCUGGUCCCUAUACAUAUUAUAGCACUAGGACAGUGUGCAAUUACAUUCACUUUGCAUGAAAUUAUUCCUUAUUUCAAUAAUUUGUAUCACUACUUUGGGCAUAAUUUCCAUAUUGUUAGCUUUGAUGCUUGUCCAAGAAGAAAGAAUUUGAAGGGUGAAUUCUUUGUAUCUUACUUCAUUUAGAACUGAUACAUUUCAUAGAAAGUAGGCCACUAGAUGGGUGAACCACUACUAUAAUAUACUACAUUGUAUUCCUGUGUACUUGGUAAAUAUUAAUUGAAUUAAAUAACUUCCAUUCCCUGCUAAAUUGGUUUGGAUUUUAAUCAGUGAUCUAGAAGUGAAUGCUGUUAUAGUACUUAUUCUAAAGAGUACAUUUAGUGUAAUUGUUUAAUAUAAGGUUUCUAAUCUGUUUUUCAUGGCAUUCAUUGAAGUGUCAUGCUAUUUCUUUGUAGCAUGUGAAAAGACACAAUGUCCCAGUAGCAAGAGGUUUUUAGACCUAGCAUAUAUGUUAUUAGGGCUGGCCUUAUGAGUUGAUAUACACUGUACAUCAUAAACCAUUUUCUGUCACAAUUGUUUUUCACAAAAAGCUUAUGAUAAUUUGUUAGUUUUUUUUUUUAAACCUUUACCUUCUGUCCAAGCAUUGACUGUAAGACAGAAGAGCAACAAGGGAUAGGUAACUUAUGAUAAUUUGUAAAAUUGAUCAUUUUAAACCUAAAUCCAUUUGUUGAUUGUACUCCAAAGGUACAUUAUAACUGUCAUUUCUAUUAGUUUAUAUUUAUGGUUAUAAAGCCCCAAACCCAAAUGUCUACAACUACAAUAACCUAGCUUUAUGUGUUGAAUAGUUAUUUACUCUUUCUUUCUUUCUUUUUUUUUGUAAAAUCAGUAUACAUUUGUGGCAACUAUAUUAUCAGUAAAUGCUAGUUAUGAUGUUAAUAUUUUUAUCGGUAUUACUUUGCAAAUUUUAUUUAGGAUUAAGUAUUGGAAUUAGUAACUUUAGUUCUGGAUUUGUGAAAGAAGUAGAGUAUUUUGUAGUUAACUACAAAUAGGUCAGUGUGUGCUAUAGUGUUUUAAGUUCAUUUGUAAAAAUAGGGAAAAGUUCCCUUCAGAUUUUUAUAAUGAAUUUUUUGGUCACAAAAUACUAAGUACUUUGUGUUGCAAAUAUGUGAUAUCGUUUGAAGGAAGUAGCUCUUACUUGAUGAUGGUUAUAAGUUAUGCAGUUAAUUUGACCUUAGAGAAAUUUUCAUAAAACACAUUUAAAAAAAUAUUCAUAUUGCUUUAUUUCAUUUUUUUCCUUUUACUCCAAGCUUAAAUGCAUAGAAUAGUGGUGGCUAGACUAGAACAGAAUUGUGAACUAGCCAGUGAAACUUUUCGCCAUCAGGAUUUCAUCUGAAAAUAUGAAAAAGUUGAAAUAAUAUUAUUUAAUGUAGAUGUUUUAUGGCAAAUUACCAGUAUUAAAUGGAUGUUAGCAAAGCGCUUGAGAACCUGUGAAUAAAAAACUCCAUGAAAAUGCAACAUGGCAGCAGCAAUGGAAACUGAACAGCUGGGUGUUGAAAUCUUUGAAACUACAGAGUGUGAGGAGAAUGUUGAAUCACAAGAACAGCCUAAAUUGGAGCCAUUUUAUGUUGAGAGAUAUUCCUGGAGUCAGCUUAAGAAACUCCUUGCAGAUACCAGGAAAUACCAUGGCUACAUGAUGGCUAAGGCACCACAUGACUUUAUGUUUGUAAAGAAGAAUGAUCCAGAUGGACCUCAUUCAGACAGGGUCUAUUACCUUGCCAUGUCUGGUGAGAACAGAGAAAACACACUGUUUUACUCAGAAAUUCCCAAAACCAUCAACAAAGCAGCAGUUUUAAUGCUGUCUUGGAAGCCACUCUUAGAUCUUUUUCAGGCAACCCUGGACUAUGGAAUGUAUUCUCGAGAAGAAGAGUUAUUAAGAGAAAGAAAACGUAUUGGAACAAUUGGAAUUGCUUCUUAUGAUUAUCACCACGAAAGUGGAACAUUUUUGUUCCAAGCUGGUAGUGGAAUAUACCAUGUAAAAGAUGGAGGCCCACAUGGAUUUACUCAACAACCCUUAAGACCCAAUUUAGUGGAGACCAGUUGCCCCAACAUAAGGAUGGAUCCAAAACUGUGCCCUGCUGAUCCAAACUGGAUUGCUUUCAUCCAUAGCAAUGACAUCUGGAUAGCGAACAUUGUAACUAGGGAAGAAAGGAGGCUCACCUAUGUGCACAAUGAGCUUGCUAACAUGGAAGAGGACCCAAGAUCAGCUGGGGUUGCUACUUUUGUCCUUCAGGAAGAGUUUGAUAGAUAUUCUGGCUAUUGGUGGUGUCCAGAGGCUGAACCAACUCCCAAUGGAGGAAAAAUUCUUCGAAUUCUAUAUGAAGAAAAUGAUGAAUCAGAGGUGGAAAUUAUUCAUGUUACAUCCCCCAUGUUAGAGACCAGAAGGACAGAUUCAUUCCGAUAUCCCAAAACAGGCACAGCAAAUCCAAAAGUCACUUUUAAGAUGUCAGAAGUAAUGAUUGAUGCUGAAGGAAGGAUUGCAGAUGUGGUGGAUAAGGAACUAGUACAACCCUUUGAGGUUCUGUUUGAAGGAGUUGAAUAUAUUGCCAGAGCUGGAUGGACUCCAGAGGGAAAAUAUGCUUGGUCCAUCCUACUAGAUCGUUCCCAAACCCGACUACAGAUAGUGUUAAUAUCCCCUGCAUUAUUUAUCCCAGUAGAAGAUGAUGCAAUGGAACGACAGAAACUCAUAGAUUCAGUGCCUGAUUCUGUGACACCACUCAUUAUUUAUGAAGAAACAACAGACAUCUGGAUAAAUAUCCAUGACAUCUUUUAUGUUUUCCCCCAAAGUCAUGAAGAUGAAAUAGAGUUUAUUUUUGCCUCAGAAUGCAAAACAGGUUUCCGACAUCUGUAUAAAAUAACUUCCAUUUUAAAGGAGAGCAAGUAUAAACGAUCCAGUGGAGUGCUACCUGCUCCAAGUGAUUUCAAGUGCCCAGUCAAAGAAGAAGUAGCAAUUACCAGUGGUGAAUGGGAAGUUCUUGGCCGGCAUGGAUCUAAUAUCCAAGUUGAUGAAGUACAGAAGCUGGUGUAUUUUGAAGGCACCAAAGAUUCCCCGUUAGAACAUCACUUGUAUGUGGUCAGCUAUGACAAUCCUGGAGAAGUGACAAGGUUGACAGAUCGUGGCUACUCUCAUUCCUGCUGUAUUAGCCAGCAUUGUGAUUUAUUUAUAAGUAAAUACAGUAACCAGAAGAAUCCACACUGUGUGUCCCUUUACAAGCUCUCAGGUCCUGAAGAUGACCCAGCACAUAGAACAAAGGAAUUUUGGGCCACUAUUUUAGAUUCAGCAGGCCCUCUUCCUGACUACACACCACCAGAAAUCUUCUCAUUUGAAAGUACUACAGGAUUCACAUUGUAUGGAAUGAUGUAUAAACCUCAUGAUCUUCAGCCUGGGAAGAAAUACCCCACUGUGUUGUUUAUCUAUGGUGGUCCUCAGGUACAGCUGGUGAAUAAUCGGUUUAAAGGAGUCAAAUAUUUCCGCUUGAAUACCUUGGCAUCUCUCGGUUAUGUAGUUGUGGUUAUCGACAACAGGGGAUCCUGUCAUCGAGGGCUUAAAUUUGAAGGUGCCUUCAAAUAUAAAAUGGGUCAAAUAGAAAUUGAAGAUCAGGUGGAAGGACUUCAGUACCUAGCAUCUCAGUAUGAUUUUAUUGAUUUAGAUCGUGUGGGCAUCCAUGGCUGGUCCUAUGGAGGAUACCUCUCUUUGAUGGCAUUAAUGCAGAGGUCAGAUAUCUUCAGGGUUGCAAUUGCUGGAGCUCCAGUUACUCUGUGGAUUUUCUAUGAUACGGGAUAUACAGAACGUUAUAUGGGUCACCCUGACCAGAAUGAACAGGGCUAUUACCUAGGAUCUGUGGCCAUGCAAGCAGAGAAGUUCCCUUCUGAACCCAAUCGUUUACUACUAUUGCAUGGGUUCUUGGAUGAAAAUGUUCACUUUGCACACACCAGUAUAUUACUGAGUUUUUUAGUAAGGGCUGGAAAACCAUAUGAUUUACAGAUCUAUCCUCAGGAGAGACACAGCAUAAGAGUCCCUGAAUCUGGAGAACAUUAUGAACUGCAUCUUUUGCACUAUCUUCAAGAAAAUCUUGGUUCACGAAUUGCUGCUUUGAAAGUGAUAUAAUUGUGACUUUUGUGGAACUCUGGUACACUGGCUGCUUAACCAAAUGAGGAGGUUUAAUCUGUAGAAAACAUAGAAAACUGAUCAUCACAUUUUGGUGCCUGCUAUGUAACAUCCACUUCUGAAAGUAAAUUUGGUGCCAUACAGGAAUCUACAGAACAUGAAUAGCAAUCUCAUACCUUAACUUGCAUAAAGAACUGAACGAUGUAAAUUUCCAUGGGACACAGUAAUACCAUGAAAAUUACUGAGAGAAGUUAAAACAUUUGCAGCACAUAUCAACACCAUCAUAUUUCCACCUUUUAAAAGCAUUGUAAGCCUCAUGGAUUUAAUUGGUGUAUUUUUACAGUAUAUUUCCGAGUUUGUUAUAUUAUGGUAAUAUUAGGUGAUUGGUUCGCUACAAUUCCAGAAUCUCUGGCUAAUUACAAAUUUGAUAGCACUUAAAUGUAAUUGAAUAGUUUAUGUUUCAUCGCUUGGGGUGUGUCCAGCAUGUUAAGAACUAAUCACUAUUAAACCUAUGACUUAACCAAUUGUUAAUGAUUUUAAGAAAUAAUUCCUACUGAACUCCUAAAGAUACUCAUUUUGGUUUAUUCAAGUUCUUUCCAGUUUUUCAGUGAGUUUCAGCUGUGUCUAGUAAAAAAAAAUACUAAUUUUUCUUUGAUGAUAUGACAAGAUGAGUUUUUCCUGAUUUACUUUCACAUAAAAGAGAGUAACUGUAUUGUAGCAUGGUUUUAGCUAAUCUUAUGGUAUUAAUAAUUAUAUACAAAUUAGUUUUAAAUUGAAUGACUAUAACUUAAAUAUUUGCAGGCUAUUUUUUCCUUUAGGAAAAGAAAAGCAUAUAUUAAUUUUUUCUUCAGAAAAUACAUUGAUACCCAAUUUUCCAUAUAUCAUUUCCUUAUAUUGAAAUGUUUUAGAUUUUACAGAGUCAAAGGGAGAAGGACAAAGGAUGGAAGGGAAAUGGUGGGUGUAGGGAUAAGGAUCGUUUUAUGCCCAAAAUGUAAGUGCCACCUGACUGAAGAAAGUCAAGAAAAAUAUUUGGGAAAUAAAAUUUUAACUCUAAGAAAACCACAAUAAAAAAAAUCACUUCCAAGCCAGCAUAGCCCCAAACUGAUGGUAUUCAGGAGAAUUAUUUUUAAUUUUUAAAAGACAUUUGCAUUCCCUUCUUUUUAAAUGGUUUGAUGAGCACAAAGAGCUAUUUGGAAAUUGCAAGCUUAAAGUAGAAAUUAAAAUUCCCAGCAGAUUUCUUUAUCAUAAGUUGACCCCCCCCCCAAGUCAUGCAUUAUUCUCUUUUUCAUUGUUUAAAAAUUGUAUAUAGUUUACUAUUUUAAGUUUCCCUAAAAUAAACUCUGAUAAUGAAAUUA